UAUGGCUAUGGAAAAUAGGGUAAAUUGAUGGAUAGAUAAGCUUAAUUGACUUUUUUGGUUGAUGAAAUUUGGUUAUUUUCUUGGUGUUUGAGAAUUUGAGUAUUUAUGAAUUUAUGGGUUGGGGAUUUCUUUUAUUUUUGGAACCCUUAAGUAUUAAAGGAUUGGUGAUUGAAUGCGAGGAUAAUGCUUGAUAUUUUAGGCAUAGAUUGAAGUAAAUUAUAUGAAAGUUACUUAUUGUGAUUCGUUCAGCUCAUGAAUUUUGUUUGAUUUGUGUAACGUGGGAGCUUGAAAGUUAAGCAUUUGUUUGUUACUGUAGGAGUGGUAUGAGUAUUUGGUUUUGAUUUCGGAGUGCAGCUAUGCAGAGUCCGUUGGUGUGCAGUGGGUGUAGGACAAUUCUUCUUUAUCCCAGAGGAGCUACUAAUGUCUGUUGUGCAGUGUGCAAUAACCUCACCCCUGUCCCGCCUCCUGGAACGGAAAUGGCUCAACUGAUAUGUGGAUGUUGUCGCACCUUAUUGAUGCAUCCACGUGGGGCAACUAGUGUGAGAUGUGCCUGCUGUCAUACAGUGAACCUUGUGCCAGGUACAAAUCUAUUUUCAUAUCUUCAGUGUUGUUUGGUCCUAAUCAUUCCAUCAAUUAAAUGUGUCAUAUGCCACUAUAUCACACAUGUCAAUGCAAUCCUUCUGAUCACUGGAAUCCUCCCUCCCUCUUCCUUUUCUGACAAUCUCCUUCCACCAAAGCCUCUAAAGACUCAAGCCCAAAAAGACUCAUCACCAGAAAGUCUCUGA